AUGGUGUUUCAGGUGAAACAUAUUGAAGAUGGUGUGAAUCCAAUAUCGGUCGGUGAAAUAUUUUUCAGUGGAAAAUAUCUUAGUGCUGGUAUUAGGAUUGGUCUAAUUUCUGGUAUGAUAGCUCUCACGGAAGCUGUGGCUAUUGGAAGAACAUUUGCUGCUAUGAAAGAUUAUUCGUUGGACGGUAAUAGAGAAAUGGUGGCACUAGGAACAAUGAAUAUUAUUGGUUCAUUAACAUCUUGUUAUGUAGCUACAGGUAUAAAAAAGAGGACUAAUUCAAUGAAUCAUGUUUUAGUUUCUAUUCAGAAUCUUGUGAACUAUAUGGCUGGUUGUAGAACUGCUGUAUCGAAAAUAGUUAUGUCCAUAGUGUUGCUGUUAAGAAGAUAUUGA